AUGGUAUCGGAUAAAGUAGCCCAGGCUCGAUGGCAAACACCAGAUGCGUCCCUCACCUUUCGUGUUGGUUAUAUGAGCAAAGACGAUGGGCAAAUGUACUCCGUACCAGAAUAUCAAACAUGGUAUGACCUGAAAACGAAAGAGCAGUGCUCAUACUAUACGAUUUGGCUGUUUGCCCCGGAAAGUAGUCCACCAUCCACUGUUUCAACCGCAUUGGUGAAAACAAAACCCUACAGUAAACCGUCUAAUGAUAUUAAUGUGAAAGUGGAUCCAGAUUGCGGUUCUCUUAAUGUGUCCUGGACACAGCAGUUCAGUCCGGAUGAUUUCAUUGAAACAUUUGACAUCCUGGUCAUCGACAGAAAUGGAACAAAACAGGUAUUCAAAGCAAAUACAGGGACGCAAAACGUCCGUGUCGAAAAUCUGGAAUGCGACAUGCCAUAUCUGGUCACUGUUGUGGUGGUGAAUGCAUGUGGGCGCUCUGCACAUUCAAUACCGAUGUAUGUAAUCGCUCGCAAGGAAGGUCAGUACAAAACAGAGUGA